AUGGCUUCCGGGGUGAGAGCCUGCGCUACUGCCACGGCAGCGAUACAAUGGAUCUUACUGUCUGAUAAUGACUUCCAGGGUGAGAGCCUGCGCUACUGCCACGGUGGCAAUACAAUGGAUCUUACUGGCUGGGAUAAUGGCUUCCGAAGUGAGAGCCUGCGCUACUUCCACAGCGGCGAUACGAUAGAUCUUACUGUCUGGGAUAAUGGCUUCCGGAGUGAGAGCCUGCGCUACUGCCACGGCAGCGAUACAAUAGAUCUUACUGUCUGGGAUAAUGGCUUCCGGAGUGAGAGCCUGCGCUACUGCCACGGGAGCGAUACAAUGGAUCUUACUGUCUGAUGAUGGCUUCCGGAGUGAGAGCCUGCAAUACAAUGGAUAUUACUGUCUGAUAAUGGCUUCUGGAGUGAGAGCCUGCGCUACUUCUGCGGCAGCGAUACAAUGGAUCUUACUGUCUGAUAAUG